AUAUAUAAGUUUGUGUGGUUGUUACUUUGUAUGCUCAUAUAUAUCCAUUCCUUUUGAAGCAAAAUUUUACACAAUUCCAAUGUCUUCUUGGUCACCUAUGCAUGCCAUGGGAGCUUACCUUCACACUCUUCAGCUGUGUAAGGAGUACUACAACCAAGAAACCAACACAAGUGGCUCAAACAAGCUCAUGGAACCCAAGCUCAUGGAGUACAUAUCAGCCCUAGCUGCAGGAAACGAAGCUCGACUAAUCGCCGACAUUGGAUCGGGCGGCGCAUCCCCGAUAACCCUUGGAUUGGCGGUGGCAGCGCAGCAGACAGGCGGCCGCCUCAUCUGUCUGCGCAGCGACCAGAAAACCCUAGAAUCAGCCAAGAAGCAGAUCGAGAAUUUCGGCCUCGCAGGCGCGACGGAAUUCGCGGUAGGGCAUCCGUGCGACGCGGUCGGGCGACUGAGGAAUGUCGACUUCGCGGUGAUCGACCCGAAUGUACUAGAGGAGUGCAUGGAGGAGGUGUUCUUGGCUAUUGACAUGAACCCUAGAGGGUCAAUUGUGGUUGUUAGCAAUGUUUUCCAAAGUAGAAGAUUAGGGGGUAGGGUUUGUUCAUAUGGUAGGGUAGUGAAAGAGAGAGGAGGGGUUGAGUCAGUGGUAGUGUUGCCUAUUGGUGAUGGAUUGGAGGUGACCAGAAUUAGGAGAAGGGUUGGAGAUGUUGGAGGAAAUGGUUGUAAUAACAUGUGUAGGAGACCAAAGAGGGCAUUUUUGGUGCAUGAGGAAGUGCAAAAUGUUUCAUGUGGAUAUUAGAUUAGAUAUAUAGAACUAGGCUGGAAUACUAUAAAUAGCGCUAAGUUAUUGAUGCUAUUAGUUUUUUAG